AUUUGUCGUGCGUAUCGCACAAGUAGUAGCAUCGGGUGCCAUUGUGUCGAACAGCUCCGUCGAGUAAACUUGCGUCUGUAUUUGCCCGUAAGAGAACUAUUAUAUACGAAGGAACGAAGAGAUAUAUUUGAUAUACAACGCAUAUCGUAUAAAGAAAGAAGACGAGCUUUAUUAUAAACACAGUUUCGACGAUUAUACAUAAAACGUACUUUGAAGCAAGAAACAUAUCCUCGAUCGUGUUGUACGCAAUACACACGUGCGUUUGCCUCGAGCUUGAUCACUAUAUAUACACAAUGCGAUGAUCGCCGAUGAUACGCAACGAAAUCAUAAAGAAACUCUUUCGCGCGUCAACGAACACGAAACGAGCGUACGGAAAGGAGCCAACGACUUUCGAGAGAACGCCUAAUCCAACGGUACAACCUGUUAGUCGCUUCUAGACCCGUCUUCUAAAAUCAACAUUGGAAUGGACCACCUACUUCACGAACUAACUCUACGUAUCUAAGAAUCUUUAGAAAAGUAAGGGCAGUUCAAGGGGACAAUUUUUCAAGGAGAAAUCACCGACGAGUUUUAGAAAAAAUGCAAAUGUCGUUGUCGAGGGACUCGAAAGGACAGCCGUAACGAGCGUCGUCAGCAGCUACAGUAAUACAUACAUAUCAAUAGAAAAGGAGAUAAAAUAAGGAAACAAAAAGAAAAGAAAGAAAGAAAACGAAAAAAAGAAAAACAAAACGAAGAAAGAAGACAACUCGAGAAAGAUGAAACUAAUCGGUCCUUCCCGUUUUGCGACGUUGACACUGUCCCUUAUCUUCCUCGUAGGCGGUAUAAUACCUACAGUACCAUCGCAGGAGCAUGCCGCCCUUCUGCCUGCCGACGAGUGCGAUUGGAUCGGAAGCGGUGGAGGUGGUCGGGGUGUACGACCCGUUUAUCUUCGAUGUUCAAGAGGGACCGUUUUAUGGCGUUAUCCUCGAGGAGCCUUGAGGAUAGUCUUAUCAGUGGCUGCAGCGAUAAGCAGUUCAGCGAUUGGAUCUCGAUCUGGUACUGCAGGUGUCCUUUUGGCAAACGGAAACGGAGUUAAUGAAACUGGACCCAAAUCCAAGUCCGGAUCAAGUGGUUUUCGUGUUUGCGUUAAGGCUUCCGGUCCAACAAGAAUAUAUUUGGAAAGCAACGGUACGCUUAGGCCAGUUUAUUCUCCGCGAGACGGAAAAAACGAGGCCUCUCAUCGUUGUUUCUAUACGAAAAAACAACGUACAGCUCUCUACGUCGAGGCUGACGAGCUCACGGCAAAUAAUAAUCGCGCGAAGUUACAAUACGACGUCGAGCCGUUCGUUGUUAAUCAUAGCACACCGGACGAGUCCGACGAGGAGGCGGAAUGUAGACCUUGCUCAAUGGAGGAACUCGCUGAGGCUUAUUGUCAGAGUGACCUUGUUGCUAGAGGUACCGUCACCGCUGUGCAAAGGAAGCCCGAACUCGAAGCUGCCGAAUUAAUUUUUAGGAUAACGAAGACUCUUCACAGAGUCGAGGAAACUGAGACCAACGAGGUGUUCUCCAUUCUUCCGAAUCCUCAUCUCGAAAAGAGCAUCCGUGUAAGAGUUUCCUCUGCUUGUGACGCUCGACACGGCCAGGGCGAAUUCGUAAUAAUGGCUCGUAGAAGACUCGGCGACCUUACUCUUGUUUGUGCACCAAGACUGGAAACUUGGGCCGAAGCCGUGCGCGAAUCGAUCACUGCACCAUGUCUGCUAAAAAGCUAGCGGUUGAAAGACUAUUGGCAUGCUCUCAUCAAUCUCCUCUUAUCAUUGCAAUUAUAUGUAUAAAGCUUUUUUCCACCACUAGAUAUCGGAAUCGUACGAGUUCCAAAAAUAGUUUCAGUAAGCACAACGCUGUAUGUAUCUAUGAUGUAGGAAGAAACACAAGAAGAGAUAAACGUGCUAACGCGUAUCAUUUGAGAUUUUGAAGAUCACACAAAAUCACCGUUUAUCUUACAGAUUAUUUAUAUUUUUUUACGAGCGUGUGCUUACCGAGAUAAUUCUCAAAAGAAUAUUGAGAAGGAUUUACAAUCUUUAUCUGUAUCUAUAUAUAAGAUAUAUAUUUUUAUCUAUAUAUAUAGAAUAUAUUUUAUACGAUGUACACGCCUUACACGAGUAAGUGUACUUCGUGCGCAAGAUGUCGAUCUCUAAACUGUGAUAUUAUUCUUUUAUAGGAGGAAUAACGUGACGCAUAUAUUAUCUUAAUCAAUAAAUUUGUACUAAACUAGCCUGUUUAUCAUCUUUAACAUCGUACGUAAUAGAAGAGCAAAAAGAAAGUAUGCUCACUUCUGUAUUCUCGAAGGAACUUUAUUUUCCUUUACGCGAGAGCUUCCGCUGAGUAGCUAUGAUCUCUAUCCAUAUAUUCGCUUUGAUAAUCGUUUAUUGUUUGUUUGCAUUACAUACGGUAUCAUCGCUUCGAACUUAACGCAACACAAUUGACAGGUCUGCAAUCGUAUUAUUUCAUAAUAAGGAACUUAUACAAAUUAGAAUCGAAGUAAAUUUCAAAGACGAAAUAACCGCAAGAAGACGUUGUUUUUAUAAAACGUAUGUAUAAUGACGUCAAAAGAAUUGUGCACAAAUCAUCACGUGCUAUUAUCAUAAAUACGUCCGCAAAGUAGUUCUCUAUCUUUUACAUGUCGUGUAGAAACAUUUCUAUGUUCGGACUUUCACUCGACCAAUUUCCUUUAACUGCAAGUAGCACGAGGUAUUCUUUUAUAGCAAACGCUCACUAUCGACUUUCAAAUCGAGUUUUAGUGAGGCUUGUAUAUAAGUACACGUAAAAGAGUUAUCUUUAUUGAUUCUUCAAUUUUUUGUUUAUUUUGUAUAACAGAAAUAUUUGAAAAUUGUUAUUUUUAUUUUUCCACCUUGAAUAUCAAAUAUAGCUCCUGCUUUCAAUUAAUUCAACAAGUAAUGAAACGUAUUUGUUAAUCUUGUAAAUUUGUAUUAAUAGAGAGUUAAUAUGAAAUAUUAUUUUAGUAAAAAAAAUAUAUAUUUAUAUACUUAUUUAAUUUCACAAUACGAUACUUAGUAUUUUUUCCAAAAUCAUACUUAUUAUUUACCGCUGCUCUUUAAAAAUAUAUUUUUGCAUCGAUUGAACUUUCAAGGUGGACUAAUUACAGAUCAGUUUUUUCUUUCUUUCUUUCUUUUUUUUUAUUGUAUAUAAUUAAAACGUUUCUUCGACUACAACAUUACUAAUCCUUUUAUAAUUGCACGGUAAUAAAAUAUAGACAUCAAAUUUAAAAAUCUAUGCAAAAAUUUACAUCUUGUGAAUACAUUUGCGCUUAUUACACGUCGUUCAAAAAGAUUUACGUUGUGACAUAAGGAUAAUUUGGACAUAGUGAUAUAACAAGGUCAUCCAUGUUCGGUAAAACGACAAUUUUUUCGAAUUCUCGGAGCAAUUUAGUUUCGAUCCAUUUUGUCACAUAACCGAUAUUUAAUAUUCUUUCGCCUACAGCAGGUGUUACAGUAAUCGAAAUUCUCGGUGUUGGCUUAAAACCAUACCAAAGCCGAUCAGACGGUGGUGGUGGAAUGUUUACAGAUAAGCAACCUUCUAUACCAGAGACACUGACCGUUAAUCGAAUUUCAGUGUUAGAAACACCUUCCAUUGCCUUUCGCACAUAAGAUAAUUCGGUCGCCUGAAAAACAAGUUAUACAUGCACUGAUUUCAAUUUUUUGUUCUUUAUCAUUUAAUUUAGUUUAUAAUAAUGUUGUUUCUAUUGUUAAAAUAUAUUUGUCAGAAAUAUACUUACAUGCUGAAAGUA